AUGUGCCCCACCUGCCGCCAGCCCGCCUGGAAGAACGACCUGGUCUACAACCACCGCAUGGCCAACGUCGUGGAGAGCGUGAAGUGCCUGGCGGGGGUGACCUGCGGGCCGCUGAAGCAGGGCCACGGCCCGGCCAGCCAGCCCGGCGACCAGAGCCAGGGUGCGGAGGGGGGUGGCCGGCCCACCAAGCGCCCCCGCCGCUCGGGCAGGCGGGCGGGCUCUGGGAAGCGCGGCGCCCCCCGCCUCCCGGACAGGGGCCACCCGGGCGCACAGGCCCGUGCGGGGUGGGUGCAUGGCGGCAGCCAGGGCGCGGCGGGCGUGGGAGGCUUGGCGCAGCCUUCGGAAGACUCGGGCGUGGAUGCUGGGGGCCGGGGCCCAGGGAUUGACAGCUCCCCUGCCCCGGCCCCUGCCGUCAUCGCCGCAAGCCCCGCGCCGGCCGCCGCUGGCCCCGAAAGGCCCGUGGUAGCGGCCGCCAUCCCGCCCGCAGCAUUGCCACGGGCCGUGUGUGGUGCCCUGGCAUGCGCGGACGCCGAUCCAGGAGCCCUGCCCCCCGAGCCAGGUUUGGAGCCCGGGUGCUUGCCUGACACCAGCCCAGGCCGCAGUAAGGCCCGGGUCUGCCAGGCCUGUGCGUCCCAGCUCGAUCUAGACCGUGUGGUCCUGGCCAGCCAGCAGGACAGAGCCAGCUGUGCAGAGCUGUCCUCCCCAAUGCCGGGGGAAAGCAGUGGGGCGGCAGCUCUGGGAAAGCCCGAGGCGCCUGCCCGCGACCAGGAGGCAGGGGGUGUGAAGGGGCUUGACCUCGACUCCCCGAGCUGCGCCGGGGGCCCCGGGCUGGAUGCCACCCCGCCCGGACUUGCCACGCCGCCGCUGAGGCACGAGAUGCUGCUGCUCCAGCGCGCCAUCCUCCUCUGCGACGUGCUGGGCACGCUGGGCCCCACGGCGGAAGCUCUGCCGGGCACCGAGGCGGAGCGCCCAGCUCUGGAGGAGCAGGCCGACACUGCGGGGGCCUCCCCCGCCGACGUGUCCCCGGGCGCGGGGCGCAGCACGGAGCCUGGCGCACCGGCGACGGGCGGGGACGACGCGGCGCGCCCGCCCUGCCGGCCUCCCACCAGCCAGGGAACAGUGGACACCACGCACGUGAUCGUGGCCACCGAUGCCCGUGGCGUGGUGGCGACACGGGUGAUGAAGCUUUGUCAGGCGCUGGCGGUGGGGUGCUGGAUCCUGGCGCCGGCGUGGCUGGAGGCCUGCAUGGAGGCGGGGGCCUGGGUGCCCGAGCAGGCAUUCGAGGGAGAUGGUUGCUGCCUCGGCGGGCCCGCCAGGGCGCGCAAGCGUGCGGACAGGGGCUGCCCCGGCCUGUUUGCGGGGCGCACCUUCCGCAUCGUCGGCAAAGGUCCUUUGCAUGCUGCCGGGCUGACCAAGGCCAUAGAGCUAGCGGGAGGGUCCAUCGUCACCCGCAGCCUCCCCGGGGCGUGCCUCGUCUCGCUCCAGAACGACCUGGAGUUCCUCAGCAAAGCAUGGGUGUGCGGCGCUGGGAUGGCGCGGCGAUGA